UGAAAAUCAAUAAGCUUAUAAACAGAAGCCAGCGUCGGUGGCUCCAACCAGUUGAUUGGCGACCAUGUGGCAGUUGGCAUUGGGACUGGGUCUAAUCCAGCAGCUCAGUCUAGCCAUCGUGGUGGAGCGCAACAUGUUCGCCUACUACAAGGUGCCAGCUGCUCAGUUGCUGUUUACUCGGUUUGCCCAAGACUCGGAUCCGGACUUCGACUCCCACUCCCAGGAAAUCAGUACUCUGGAUGGAGGCCAGCUCAGCGAUUUGUACUAUGUACUGCAGUGUCCACCAAAGCUCGAUGAAGGCAUUCCCAAGGCGCGGGACAUGCAGACCUGCAGUGUGGUGGACCAGUACAGAGGCAUGUGGAAAAAACCUACAAAGCCAAAGCCCAAGAAGCACUUUCACAUGGUCCCAUUCCGGAUAGUACUGCGUCCAUUAGGACCGCCGGCCAGGAGACGCAGUCUAAAGCGUCGUAAACGCCAGGAAAAAGUUCGCAAAGCUCCGGACAAUAACACUCCGGUUGAUCGGGCUGCUUCCAAAGUGAAGAUGGAAGAGGUGACUAGUCCCCUUCAAUUCCUGGGACGCACCCAUAAGCAGCAGAAGCUCGUUAAGCUGUCCGCUGACCAUCGAAAGUCCAAGCGGGGCACCAGAUCCAAAGCUUUCCAGCAUAUGUACCAUCGCGAUGAGUCCUACAAUGAUCAUAUAUUCUACGACGAGCUUCAGGAAGACGGGGAGUUCCACAAGCUCGGCAAAGAAAAAUCGAAUUAAAUGCUAUUAUUGGGGUGGAUAUC